UUAUUUUAAAUUUCUACCGACAUAAGAUCCUACCCUAGCCUAAAGCGUAAGAUAUCGCCGUAUCUGACAGGCAUUCCAUUGAAAUGCAAGUGCAGGGACGAGGUGUUGAGGGUAAGGUGAUAAACAAACCUCGCCUCAUCGUGAUCCUGUACCACGCAGUAUCGGGUCAGUCGAUUCUUGUUGGUAGUCUGUGCUGGUUAUCGUUCCCGUUUCGUGGCGGUAUCUUGUAGAAGAUAUUAUUAAUUUACAAUAGAGAAAAGUUGUUGAUACCGAUGCAUCUACUAUAAACAGGCAUAUCAUUGCAGUGUAUUUACACGUCUGAGAGAACCGCGUAACUUAGCCACAGUGAAUUUUUAUUGCAUUUAAUAUUUGCCUGAGAUAUUCAAACAUAAAACUGCAAUAGCACAAAUAAUCAAUCAAAAUGAGCAAAGCACUAAACGAAGUUUGUGAUAUGCUGGACACCUACACUGGCCGGGAUAAGAUUGUUAGAACACUAUGCUACACCACAAAGCUGGCGUCUGGGAUGUAUGCGAACAAAGAUCCAGAUUUUGCCAAAAAAUUGGCCAUCUUCAGUUCCAAAAUGUCACAAACAAGGGCCACGCUGCGGUUAUUUGACGACCUACCAAUGCUUAGUUAUUCACUCAGUUACGGAAUGGGGAGCAAGGAACCAGACAGAAUAAUGGGCCUUAUUGGCUUCAUUACCAACCUCAUUGACCACGUGUACUAUCCUGUGGAUAAAAUUUGCUGGAUGAUAGAAUACAAACUGCUCAACGUGGAAAAUCCCACCAAAUGGGACACCGUGAACUCUAUCUUUUGGGUGGCGUCGAUCUAUUUGAACCUUAUGAAGACAAUCCGAAGCUAUACCGUUAUGGAGCAGCAUAAGGCACACAUCAAUAAGCCAGAAAAUGAGUCAAGCCAAGCGGUAAAAAUGCUGCUGAUAAAGCAACGCAUGGAACUGAUCUCCAUCGUGAGACUUACGCUGGAUCUAGUGCACGCUGGAAGCACCCUGCCGAAAGGAAUGCUGUGGGGUGGAAAAUUCGAAUCAUGGCACGUGGGGCUGAUUGGAACGAUUUCCUCCUUCAUCGGCCUGUAUCAGUACUUCGCUAAGAAGCGAAUCAUUAGCAAAAGUUCCUAGUGGGGAGUAUCCGUUAACGGGAAGAGUGAGGCUGUGGAUGAGAGCUAUUGUUGCCUGGGAAAGAUACUUGAAGUUAGAAUAUUACAUAGCAUAGCGUAUGCGAUCAUGCGGUGCAUUUCCUAUGAGAGAGUAACAUAAUCAUAGGAAUAAAAACAACUGUGCAUAAAAUUUCUAAAGUACUGUUAGAAAAUAAAUUAGAAUCAUUUUCGGUGGGACAAAAUCAAGUUUCUACGUUGGGUUGCGGGAACGGACUACAUGCUUUUUAAUUGUUUUUGUAAAUACACUUCCUGAAAUUCUAGUCAA